AUGGAUAUACCAAUUCCCUCUCCCAGCGCUCUCCGCGCCCUGCGCCGCACCCUCUCUCCCUCCCUCUCCUACUCCCCCCUAAAAUCCCCCCACUAUACGCAAACCCGCAACGCAACCCUCCUCCGUCGACCAAAACGCCCCUACACUUUUACGCAGCUCGUCACGCUCUCCGACGGGUCCACCUUCCUCCAUCGCACGACCUCUCCAAUCCCUGUCUAUCGGUCCACGAAAGAUAAUCGCAACACCCCGCUGUGGAACCCUAGUUCUCAAAAACUGCUGAAUGUGGAGGAGGAUGAGGCGGGGAGAUUGAGGAGGUUUCGGGAAAAGUUUGGGAGAGGUUGGGACGCUGAGGGUAGCGAGGGAGAGAAGCCGGAGCCUCCGCAGGAUCAUUUAAUGGAUUUGAUAAGUGCCGGGUUCAAACAGGAUGGGAAGAAGCAGGCGAAAGAGUCGAAAGGAUCACCGCCGGCGCCGACGCCAGAGAAAGGAACGACCGGGAAGAAAUAG